AUGGCGGGCGCCGGGCCGCCGGAGGCUGCGAUCGGCCGCUGGGCCAGCCCCGCCCCCCCCGUGGGCCCGGGCGGUGGCGCCUGCCGAGCGGCGCGGCAGGAGGCGCGGCCGGCCGCCUCGGGUCGCCGCGCCCGCGCGCCCUGGAGCCCGAGGGGCGAGCCCGGCCUAGCCGGGACGGCCGAGCGCGUCGAGGCGGGGAGCCCCUCGGGGGCGCCGCCGCGGAGCUCCGCCGCGUUCUCCGCGGCGCUCGAGGCGGGCGAGGGCCACGACGACGCCAGGCUGCGGUGCUUGCAGACGCUCCCCGACACCAUGCGCGAGGCCACGCUCCGGUCUCCGCUGGACGCCGGCCUCGUGUACUGCGGUCCGAUAGAUGCCUCUGUCUGCCUGGCAGUGGAGGUCGCGCUGGCCACUCCGCCGCGCAAGGCGCCGACCCUGCUGCCCGGCCCUCCCGGCGCUCUGCGCCUCGGCGGCCCCCUCUCGUUCGUCCAGUCCUUCUUCUCGCUGCCAGCGGCCCACUGGUGCGCCUGCCUGGUGCUGCGCGGCCUGGCCGGGAACCCUGCAGGCAGCCCGGCCUCCUCGGCAGCCCCAGCGGCCUCUGGGGCUGCCACGCGGCACUGGCGCUGCGCGGCUCAGCCUGGCCUGCUGCUGCUGCUCCAUGUUGAACUCGACGAGGCGAUCACUGCAUAUCAUUCCGCGACCUGGAGGCGGUACGCUUUGCACUUCUACAUCGUCUGGAUGUCCAGUGGUUGGAUAUUCGGAACUUGGGCAGCAAUCUGCCCCGUUUCAGUUUCAGUUUUUCACAUCGUCUGGCUUCACAUCGUCUGGCCAAUGCAGCGCUGUUUGAAGCACGAUGUCCACGAAGGCCCCGAGAAUUUCACCGAGUCAGGAGGCGCCCACGAGGCGCCCGCGGCCGGCGGGCGCCGGGCGGGCACGAGGCGACCGCGGGGCGCCCGCGGGCGGGCACCGGCCGGGCCCCGGGCCAAGUCCCGCCAUUGUCGCGCGGCGCACGAGGUGCCCGCGGAGCUGUCUGCCGAUGGCCUCUGCCAGAAGCGCGAGGCCUCGUCCGAGAUGGACAGCGACGUGGGCACCGCGGACAGGACGGAGAGCACCGCGGCCCUCGACGAGCUCAGCGAGCGCGAGGAGAUCCACCAUAAGGAGGCGCAGGGUGGCCCCCCGCCGCGCUCCCGCGCCGCCUCUGCCGGCGAGGGCGGCCUCCGCGCGGGGCUGCCGCUGGUCUGGCUGAGGCGAGAGCCCGACGCCCGGGAGGCGGAGGGGGCCUUCGACGGGACGCCGGUCCGGCGCACGCAGCCCGACGCUCGCGAGGCGGAGGGGGCCUUCUGCGGGACGCCGGUCGGGGGCGCUCUGCCGCCGGUGCCGCCCCCGUUCCCGGCCUUCCGCGGGGCCGCGGGCGUGGUGGUUCCCAACUGCGUGCCCUUCGUCUUCGCCAGGGGCGUGCUCGCCACGGCAUCGUGCCUCCCGGGCGCCGCCCCGCCCGCGGCGGCGGCGGCGGACCCCAGGACCGCCAGCGCGCCGCCCGUGCCGCCCCCGCGGGGCCCGUGGCCGCAGGCCGCAGCCGCAGCCUGGGCGGCCUGCGUCCCGCCGCCGCCCGCGCAGCCUCCGCUGCCGCUGCCCGGGGUCCCGCGGCGCGAGUCGGCUCUGGGCUCGUGGCCCGCCCCGCCCGCGGCGGGGCCGGGCGCGGCCGCGCCGCCGGGGCCGCUGCCCAGCGCGGGCUCCGCCCUGCACGCGCUGGGCCUGUGCAAGCCGUGCGCCUUUGUGCACACCAAGGUGAACACAGGGGCUCCCACGAGGGCGCGAAGUUAUUCGCGCUUCGCGCCUCGCGGUCCUCGUUCCUUCUCCCCCUCCUCCUCGUCCUCCUUUUCUCCCUUCUGGGGGGCGGCGCGAGGGCGCGAGGUUUUUUCGCGCUUCGCGCUUCGCACUUCGCGGAGCGCGAAGCGCGGAGUUGGGAGCCCUAAGUUAAGUCGGGCGUGUCCCCCUACAGGAGGAAUUCAGAGAUAG